AUGCUUCGGAUUGAAACGAGACAGAAGAGGUAAAUUGUGAGAUUCCAUGUUAUAGUCGAGUUCGGAACCUUCCCUGGAUUGAUGGAGCAAACGUUGAACUCAAACGCCUUCGGCGGGAGGAACUUGUAGUCCGCAUUAGGAAGGUCGUUGAAGGUGUUGGAAGAGCUCAGAUUAUUCCAGGGUGGGCCCUGUUUAGUAUCUCAGCGUAG